ACACAGGAAUCUAACAGAAACAUCGCGCAAAUUGUCGAAGAGCGGGAAAAACGCCAUAGCAGCAUUCAGUGUGUGCCUUAGGGAAACUAGUGCAGAUAUACGCACGAAGCAGAAUCAAGCGAUACCUUGAUUGGCAUCGCAGCACCACACAAGUCCUGAUUAACAUCAUUCCCACCAAAAUCAUCCUAUAUGGUAAUGGCAGAGAUCGGUGGCCCAUUGGCACACCAACUACCCUUACACAACCAUAGAGGUGGACUGGUGCAACCGUCGCUGGUAAUGAACCAUCACCUGGAUUCUCUGGACAGCAGUUGCCAUGGACCAAACAUUCACCCAAAAAAAGAACGCCUUUCCCUGUGCGUUGGAUGCGGUGGUCAAAUUCACGACCAGUACAUCCUGCGUGUCGCACCCGACCUCGAAUGGCACGCAGCCUGCCUCAAGUGCCAGGAAUGUCGUCAAUUUCUGGACGAGAGCUGUACCUGUUUCGUGCGUGACGGGAAAACCUAUUGCAAGCGAGAUUAUGUGAGAUUAUUCGGUACCAAAUGUGAUAAGUGCGGUAGCUCAUUUAGCAAAAACGACUUCGUGAUGCGGGCCAAAACGAAAAUCUACCACAUAGAAUGCUUUCGAUGUUCGGCCUGCGCCCGGCAACUAAUACCAGGUGAUGAGUUUGCGCUCCGGGAUGGUGGUUCGCUUUACUGCAAGGAAGAUCACGAUCAUCUGGAGAAAACGUCCCAAAAUGGCCUCAUACAGGGCGUGGAGCCCAACAACAAUAUCAGUGGCAAUGCCAACAACAACAACAACAUCAACAGUACCAAUAACAACAAUAAUAGUUUAAGCAAUAAUAACCACUCGAGUGAACUGGGGUCCAUGUCAGAUUCGGGCAGUGAAUCGGGAUCUCACAAAAGCUUGCGAGGCAAAGGACCCACCGGACCGUCGGACGGAAAACCGACGCGAGUGCGGACGGUGCUAAACGAGAAGCAGCUACACACGCUUCGUACGUGCUACAACGCAAACCCGCGACCCGACGCCCUGAUGAAGGAGCAGCUAGUGGAGAUGACCGGUCUGUCACCGCGGGUCAUACGGGUUUGGUUCCAGAACAAGCGCUGCAAGGAUAAGAAAAAAACCAUCCAGAUGAAACUGCAGAUGCAGCAAGAGAAGGAAGGGCGAAAGCUGGGCUACGGAAUGCAGGGAAUACCGAUGGUGGCGAGCUCACCUGUGCGGCACGACUCACCGCUUAAUCUGCACGGUCUAGAGGUGACCGCCUAUCAACCACCGUGGAAGGCGUUGUCCGAUUUCGCUCUCCAUUCCGAUCUCGAUAGCAACGGAUCGAUCAACACGCACACACCUGCUUUCCAGCAUUUAGUCAACCAGAUGCAUGGAUAUGACGUCGGCAAUGGUGGAGGAGCUGGUGGAGGUCCUGGCGGCGGUCCCGGCGGAAUGCCACCGAUGCCGGGACAGGGUGGGCAGGUUCCUCCCAUAGGGUCACACAUGGAUCUUAGCGGGCAUCAUCAUCCAGAUAGUACGGAUUCGUACGUAACCUAUCUCGAAAGCGACGACAGCAUGCAGGGCAGUCCAUAAGAAUUUUG